AUGCCGGUGCAGCCCAGGCGGCCCGGCGACGAGGUCGACGUCGGCACGCUCUCCACGCUGGGCUCUUGCGAGCGCGGCGCGCUGGGCGAGGGCCUCGCCCGCGGCGGCCAGCCGCCCGCGCCGCCUGACGGGGGCCCGAGCGCCUACCUGGCGGUGGGCCCGCCCACGGGGGCCGCGGACCCGGCCCCGUCGCCGCCCCCCGCGUCGGGCUCCCCGCCGCUGUCCGCGGGGCCCGCGACGGCGGCCGCCCCGCGGAAGCCGAAGGCGAGCCUGAAGGGCAAGCGCCACAGGGCCGUGCGUCCCGAGGCCUCUGCCCAGGAGGUGCCCGCCGACGUCCGGCUGCCGCGCCCGAGGGGGGCGGCGGGCGCGAACGCGGCGGCGGCGGCCCCCAGCCCACAGGCCGAGCGAAGCGGCGUGUCUGACGUGCCGCUGCGCUACACGGGGGCGCCAGGCACGCCCACGGGCAUCAAGUUCCAGGAGCUCGGCAAGAAGGCGGUGCCGCAGCCGCUGGGCCAGGAGGUGGACUGCGAGAGCAUGAAGCUGAAGGCCGGAGAGCCCAGCAACCUGAGGCCCGCGUUCUUCCUGCAGAAGGUGCAUCACUACGCGCGCCUGCAGGUGCUCGCCGUCAGCCUGUGCUUCCUGUGCGCCGGGCUGCUGUUCGGCCUGGUGCUGUCCGCGGAGAUCAUCAGAUCGAAUUUCGAGCUGUUCUUCUACGACGCGAUGGGGGGCGUGAUGGUAUUCUUCGCCCUUAUCCUGGCUGUGGUCGGCGUGGUGCUGGCCUUCCGGAACUCAUACCUGUUGCGGUCCCUUCUCGCGCCCUGCUGCUUCUUGUUCUGCGGGCUUCUGCUGGGCCUGGCCGCGUCGGCGCUGCAGGACGUCGAGGGCGCCUCGGACAUGCCGUGCUGCGACUUUGUGGACUGGACGUCGUACUGCCUGGUCGGCGCCUCCGUCUGCGUCGCGGCUGGCUUGUUCUUCCUUUCCCACGGCGUGGACGUGAUGGCGCGUCGGGACUUUAGGGAGCAGCAGCUCCUGUAUAAUUUUGACAGGACAAACUACGAGGCGGCUUGGCCCCACGUGCACGUUCAGAUGGCCCCCGGCCCCUCCGCGGAGCCCGUGGAGGGUUCGGACGUCGGUGGAUUCUGUGUGCUGGUGGCGCGGAUGAUCCUCCAUGGGUUCCUGUUCUUCUACGCGUGGGAUCAGCUGCCCGAGCCGUCGCGGCCUGGCACCUUCUACGAGCAUUGUCGGCGCAUCAUCGUGUACGCCGAGGCGCUCGGUUACCUCGGCUCCUGGUUCGCCGUCCUCGUGGGCGUCGGGGUGUAUUUCGGUGCUGCCCACAUGCCGACCACAGCCAAGGCUAGCACCGCCUACGCCACGGCCGCUGCCAUGAAAUCGGCGGCGUCCUUGUCCGCAUUCAGGUUGCUGGCUUACAUUGACCCGGUGAAGGUCUGGGCCGAGGGCGACCUGGCCAGACAUUCCAAUUACAGGCUGGGCGCUCUUCGGUGCACGCUGGGCUUCCAGAUCGUGCCGCCGGGCGCUCAAAAUCAGCGCCAGGGCCACAUCUACUCGGUCGUAUUUACAGGUCUGCUCGUGAUCUCCUACGGCCUCGUCGCGGCCGUCGGCGUCCUGGCGGUGGUCGUCAAGCUGGGGCACUUGGACUUCCUGAGGCAGGACGAGUUCGACCUCUGGAGCCUGGUCCUGCUGGCCUCGCUGGCCAGCCACGUGGCCGCGGCGCAGGACCCCGAGGCCAGGGCGCACCGGUGUCUGGCGGAGGCCCUGCAGGACGCCGCGGACUGCGAGGUCGCCAGCUGGUGGGGGCCUGGCGCCCACGGAUCUCGCGUCGUGACGUGGAAGAAGGGCUUCUGCAAGAAGGCCAUCGAGGAGAACGGCGCCGUCCAUGGCCUGAUCAGGAUGUGCACGCUGGACACUGGCCGGGUGGCCAAGCGGCUGCUGGGCGUUCGCAGCAUCCAGGUCGAGGACAGGGUCAUCUCCAACGGCUUUGGGGCCGUGCCCUGGGGUACGCAAGGCCAAGUCGUGCAGCUGGAUCCCAUUCCAACGGUCCGGUGGGACGGGCUGUACAUCCCGAAGGAGGUGCAGGUGGAGCACAAGAACGAGAUCCUCGGUGUGAACGGAUAUUACCGGUUGGCGAGCUUGGCGCGCCCGAGCAAGGACUUUGAUUUGGGCAUGCCCAUCUACAAGAGGGAUGGCGGCGACGAGAUCCUUGCCCCGCUGCUGAGGAGCUCGAUGGGGAACCAGCUGCUCCCAAUAGCCGAAGGCUGGGCGAUCUACGAUAAGGAGGGCGGCAGGCAAGUGUGCGUAUGGAAGGUGCCAGUAGAGCACUCGCCAGAGGCCCUGAAGUUCAACGUCGCUUGCACGCCGAUCUUCGAGCAGGGGGAGGAGCCGCUGGUGUGGUGCACGCAGCUGACCCACAUGAACCUGUUGUGGGGGAGCUCGUGCGGUAGCUUCGUUGUGUGGUAA